AUGCAUCGACGAACGCGGCGGACCGUCACCCACCUGGCCAUCUUCGCCUCCAUCCUAGCCCUCCUCCUCCUCCUCAACAGGCCCCCAUCCACCCAGCGCUCCUUCUCAUGGACUAAAGUCCGCUACCAAACCACCGCCGACACGCUCCCUGGCUCACGCGGGCGCUGUCCCGGCCUCUCCAAGUCCUCCAAACCAGCCCUCGUCGUCUCCCACGUAAAUUCCGACGGCGACACCUCCUGGCUCACCUCCUCAGACCUAGCCAAAAAAUACCACCUCUGCAUCUACGACGUCGACGCCUCCACCAAUAAAAAUGACAAGGCCGACUCCCUCCGCGUCCCCGCAAACCGCGCCCACGAGUCCAUGGCCUACCUCACCUUCCUAAUAGACAACUACGACACCAUCCCCUCCUCCGGCGCCGUCUUCGUCCACGGAAACAGAUGGGCCUGGCACAAUGACGCACCGGACUACGAUAACGCAUACCUCCUUUCGCGUCUUAAUGUCGAAUCCGCCCUCGAGCCCGCUGGGUACCAUAAUCUCCGCUGUGACUGGAGCGUGAGCACAUGCGCCGCCGAUGCCCCGCCGCAGGGGAGCCUGCAGAUGGCGUUCCAGUCGUCGGUGGACCCUUGGGACGCGCGGGCUGCGUCUGACACGGCGCUGCCAAAGGCGCUUCUGGCUAUCUUUGGGAGUGAUGCGGGUGAGAAGCUGGGGAGACAUGAGACUGUGCGGGCGCAGUGCUGUGCGCAGUUUGCUGUGUCGCGCGAGAGGGUGCGGAGUCAUGCGCGCGAGGAGUAUGUUGCGCUGCGGCAGUGGUUGUUAGAUGGAAUGAGUUCAGAAGUGGUUGGUGGGAAUUCGAACUCGAGAGUUAUCCGGCGGCGGGAGGGUGUUGCGCCGAGAGAUGAUCGCGUUGCUGGACGGAUUGUCUCGUAUAUCUGGCAUAUCUUGUUUUUGGAUGUUGGUGGUGCUGGGAGUGGGAGUGCUGUUGAUGGAGGUCUUGAGCUGGAGAAGCUGAAUCGGGCGGCCUGUCCUACUGCGCAGGAAUGCUAUUGCCGGCUUUAUGGACGCUGUAAUCUGGAUCGGUGCAGGUCGCCGGGAUCCUGUGCUGGGCAGUAUCGUGUGCCUCCGGGUUAUAAGGUGCCUGGGCAUGCGGAUGUUUGA